AUGUGUCCAGGUGAUCAGUUGGCACUCAUAAAGUACGGGUCUCUGGAGUUGACAGCAAUAGUACUGUUUAAUCCGAAUCGACCCAAUCUUAUACACAGAGAUGUGGUUAAAGCCGAACAGCAAUUGUAUAUCUAUUUACUCCAACGGAUCUUAAAUAUGAGUCUAACUCAUGAUUCCGGGAUCGGGAGUCGGUUUGGCCUCUUUUGUCUCGGAGUAGGGCUGAGUCGGAAUGGUCUCCUCCUCCUCCUUGGGCUCAUGAAUGACCACUUUGUCGGGCAG